AGUUUUGGUGCUCGCUCCUUCACGAAAACAACCUGUCUCUGCGGCGACUGCUGCUGCUAAUUAGUUUUCUACUUAAACAAAUCAAGUGUGGAGUUUAGGUCGGGUGUAAAUUUCAGGUAAAACGUGCAAAUUGUGAUGUUGGGUGUGUGUUGUCCCGGCACGGGUUGGCGAAUAUGUGCGUGAAGUGCGCUUGUAGCCCGGGUGACCCGUAUGUUUUGUUUAUAUCCAGUGUCCGUGUGCCGUGUGUUUGACCCUCGUUGCCGCCCAUAUAUCUAACCCUUUGGUGCCACGUCAAGCAGAAACAUUGCGAUAGUCUUGCGAAAUCUGCUGGCCUAGAAUGAGAAGUCGGCCUAGAACGGAAUACAUGAUUGCUUAGUUCUUUCGUCAUACAUGAAGAGCUUCCCAUGGGUGGAAAAUUACCACGUGGGCUUUAGAGAUAAUGUCAAAAAUCUACGCUUAGGGGAGAUAUUUUGAGCUACGUUUGUUGAUGUAAAAUGGAGUGAUGUUUUCUAUCGAAUUUCACUGGUGCAUAGUGCAAUAAUUCAGUUUUUUAUGGGAAAUAGAACAGUAGAGAAAGCGUAGCAAAAUGUAAAAUAUCGUCCAGAGAGGUGUAGAACAAAAAUGAAUCAUUGUUUCAACAAACGGCACUGAUAACACUUGAAGGCGUGCAUCUUUGCGUGUCUGCGUGCUAGACAAACAGAACACAUGGUUGCUGCUGCUGCUGCGUACGCAAUCAGUCGCGCAUUUGCUGUGUGUGUGUGUGUGUGUGUGUGUGUGUUAGUGGUAAUGCCUGAAUAAAGUUGUGGUUAGCAGCGUAGCUCGUGUUUAGUACUUAACUAACAUUCAUUGCGGCCGGAGCGCAGUGUCUCUCGUUUCUAUCAAUACGCGAACAACUUCCCCUUCCCUGCGAAGACGAAGAAAUUCAAUCCCGUCGUCCCAUUCAAACGCAAGCCAACCCCAGAUAAGGUGUCGUCAUCCCUCGUUCUACAUUCCGCGGUAAUCGCGGUAAACGUUGUUCUCGUGCGCAUUUCCAGCCCGCCCCCUGUUACAACGAAGCGUCCCCUUCCGGUCCCGGUGGCAUAGAAAAUCCAGGCUUCAAUUGGCUUCAAAAGGAAGAACGCAACAGCAGCACGAAAAAGCAACAUGUUGUCGCACUUGUUGAAGGAUACCAGCGUGAUCGUCAGCACCGGCAACGUGCUGAAUGUGAGCGAAUUGCGCAAGAAGGCCGGCCAGAAACCGACCGAUGAGCUGACGGACUGUCUCCGCUCGACGUUUGGCGAAGCGGACGUAACCGAGCUGCCCCCGAACCGGCGGCUCAUCACACGCCGCAACAACGAUCUGCUGGAAAAGGUGAAGGAGCAUCCGCGGGCGGACAUCAAGAUUGGGGCCAAAAUUUUCCUGAACCGUUUCUCCGAACCGGCGCUAACCGAGGCGGUGGAGAAGCUGUUCGAGACGCUGAACGUGUCCUACCUGGACAACCUCAUACUGGCCUACCAUCCGACGGGCGCAUCGGUGGUCGGCAACGGCAACGGCGGGACGGCGGAGCCCGGCGAAGAAGAGGAAGAGCAGGAGGUGAAGGAGGGCGUGAUCGAGUGGGCGGUCGGUAGUGACAAUGCGGUGGGCAACUUGAAGAAGCUCUGGUCGCUGCUGGAACGGUACGCAGGGGAUGGGAAGAUUGGCCAGCUCGGCAUUGCCGAUCUGGAUGCGGACUCGCUCAAGGAGCUGUACGAUGCGUCCACGGUGCAUCCGUCGAUUGCGCAGAUCAACCUGGCCGCGUGCUGUGUCGUGCCGCCGCAGCUGCAGGCGUACUGCAAUCAGAACGAAAUUCAGCUACUGACGCACAGUGACCCGCAGGAAUUACUCCCACGGGAAGUGCUGGACGAGCUGGACCUGGCAAGCUACGGAGCCGGCUGGACGUCCCGCUACCAGGUGCACAUCAAGUGCCGCGGUGUACUCGCCGCCAAAGGGUUCAUCGUCAGUCUGGACCGUUCGAACUGAGCGGCUCGCGGCUAGACAACAUCUGCCACCGGAUUGCCAUUCCGCAGGGGCUCCUAAUAUAAAAGGGGAGCAUCGACGGAUCGACGACACUGCUGGACAGUUCCGUUUCACUGAGAUGCACACACACACAUACAAAAAAGCGCACACACACACACACUGCUCGGGCACAAGAAUUCCUCUAUCAGCCCCACAACUAUGCCACUGUGCGUGUGCAUGUGUGUGUGCUGUGGGAGUCUGCGGUACCGUCCCUUAGACGAGUUCACUUAAUAUUCAGGUCGAUGUGUUGUAGUAGUGCUCUCUGGGCGAGGGUAUUCAUUGAUGUUUAGAACCGAUUUUCUACAGAAAAAAAACAAAACUUAACAAAAGCAACAGCAACAAAUGCACUUAACAGAAAACAUUCGAUGUUAACAGUAGUGUGUAAGGGGGAAGCGACGACGGACCGCGGGUAGGCGACAGGACGGACGAACACGGACGAAGUAUUGCCAGCUUUUACAGGAUGAGGCUUAGUUGUGUAGUUGUGUAGUGAUGUGUAAUAGAAACCAGAAAAGACAUGAACGCUUUUUAGACGUAAGGUUAUGCACAAGGGGGUGGGGGGGAGGUGCGAACCUUCGCUUACUUUCUUUCCAAUCGGAUCGAGCGCGCCGCCUUUUUACGAAGAGGACAAACGAAAUAGAGACAGCGAGAGAGAGAGAGAGAGAGCGAGAGCAGCGAAUGUUUCCGUAGUUGUGUAUCGCUUUUAUAACUAUCUAGUAGUAAUUAUUAUUGUUACACAGAGGAAAGCAGGUGGGCGAAAGGUGUUUUUUUUGUUUGUUGUUCAUACACUGGUGGGUGGUAACGGGCGCUCUGUAGCGAGCUGUCCUCGUCUAAGGAAUGUAGCAUGCAAAUGUGCCUGAAAGGAGCGAGCAACCGUUUUUAUUCCCUUUUUCGGCUGCGUGCUACACCAUAUUAACGGCAAGAAGGGUUGUGUGCACGGUAGGAGGGAGGCCAUGCUGUCUUUACGAUGUGAUUAUUAUGAUACGAUGUGCAAAUAAUUGUUAGUGUUUUAGGUGUGUGUGUGCGCGCGUGGUAAACAAAAAAAGGUCAGGCUAGGACGAACUAGCACCGCACAGCGCACGGCAGCUUCUUGUCUCUCAGAGACGCCAUGGACACAGAACAAGCACACACAUAGAAACACACGCAACACACAAACACACUUAUUAUACGUUUCGGUUGCAACAAUUUCAACAACGGGCAAUCGUUCAAACUAUUGCUAGGUGCAAUACGAGGGCAACACAUGGAAGGAUAUCUUAAAAAAAUAAAAAAUAUUGAUCCGUCUUGUGGAUAUAUUUGUGUAAA